AUGAAGACUGCGUGUGCGGUUGGUGUGUUGUUGGUGUGCUUUCUGUGGCAUAUUCACACCAUCCAGGGCAAACAACUGAAAGUUACGUCACUUUUGGUGCAGCCUUUUCUUAUGUCUAACGCAACAGUCAGGAACGGGAAGACGCAGGUUACCUUUGACGGCUACAUCCCGGACCUUCUGGACGAAGUGGCCAAACUGACCGGUCUAUCCUUUACCUUCUCUGUCCGUGCAGACGGCAGGUACGGUCACCGGCUGCCCAACGGCUCCUGGGACGGACUUAUUGGUGACAUUGUGGAUGGGAGAGCAGACGUGGCCGCUGGCCCGCUGACCGAAACGUCUUCCCGAUCCGAGGUGGUCGACUUCUCCACACCCUUCAUGAACUUUGGUCCCGUCAUCAUUCUGAAGAGACCCCAGACCCCAGUCAUGACCCUCGUGGAGAGGCUGCAGCGGUUGUUUGCCCCGCUCUCACAGAGCAUCUGGAUGAUGUCCGGCCUGGCAUGGUUGAUCACAAGCGCUGUCUUGUACAUCAUCUGUUACAUCGAUCCUUACGACUGGCGCAGACUGGCUAGGGACAAGCAAGCCACGGCCAGGGAAGCCGAAUCUUUCUCUUGUCUUAACACUUAUUGGUUUACGAUGAGCAACAUUUUGUGGCAAGGAUACACUCGCUCGCCGCGGUCGCUGGGAGGUCGAGUCGUCACCACCUUCUGGUGGCUGUACGUGCUCAUCUUCAUCGUCAUGUACAUCGCCAGUAUGACCAACUACCUGCGGGUGGGACCCGUCCAGACGGCCAGUGACUCCUACACCAGCAUUCAGAGUAUUGAGGACCUAGCAGAGCAAAAUGUUGUAAAUUUUGGAGUCAUUCAGGAAGGAGCAACGGAACAAUACUUACAGUCUGCGAAGAUUCCCAGAAUUAAGCGAGUGUGGACCAUGAUCAACCAGCAGCAGUCCUACGUGCAGACCCUCGAGGAAGCCAUCGAAAAGGUUCGAACCUCUCGGAAACCAUUUGCUUUCAUUGCGGAGUCCGCCAUGGCUAAAUACUUCACAAAGCAGAGCCCGUGUGAUAUCUACAUGGUUGGAGAUUUUAUCACCAUUGGCUCCUACUCGCUGGCAUUCCCAGCCAGCUACGACCCCAGCCUGAUCAAGCAGAUCGAUAUCGCCCUGCUGACCCUCAGAGAAAAAGGGGUUCUCAAAAUGCUGGAGGACCGAUGGUUCUCGGGCGAGUGCACCGGGUUUGUUGUGGAGUCCAACAGUAACCGACUGCUGAUCCCGCCUUUCUACGGG